GCGGUACAACCUGUACAAGUACACGUUGCCGAUAGAGCGAGUUGGCACACGCGCUGGCGCGGCUUCUCUAUGUUGCCGAUGUGCAUGUUGACAAGCUAAUGCUUCUCAAGUGCAGUAGCCGGAUAUAUGUAAUUAUUCAUUCUUGGUAUAGUAGGCAGAACAUAUAUGUACAUAAUCGUAUAGUACGUCAGCGCAUCUGCAUCGGAUUCAUUACGAUCCCAUCCGCGUCCUUCGACCUGCACUCCUCUUUUCCUGGCGCACUAGCCUUGCCUUCGAAUUCGUCCAACGCCCCACAAUGUACUCCGCACGGAGUCUCGCCUGCGCACUGCUCGUCAGCUGCAUAGUGACGUGCGUGUUGAUGCGGCACGCGGCCGGUCUGCGGUGCUUCGUGUGCCUGCCGAACGUCUCCACCGGGCAGGACUGCCGCCAGAUCAAGGACGCCCAGCCCAGCAACUGCUCCGACGACUCCAAGCACUGCGUCGCCGUCGUCCUCGGCAACGCCAAAGGCGACAUCACGGUGUACCGCGGUUGCGGCGGUCACGUGCAGGACUUUAAUCUCGGCAUCAACGAGUGCGCCAUGCUCGACACCUGGUCGGACGAUCUGCCCGCCGCCUACUACAAGUGCAAGACGGACGCCUGCAACAACAUCGAGCCCAUCACCAGCGAGGUCACCGAAGUGGUCAAGCUGCCCGCGCAGCCCGUCGCCGCCAACACGCCCAAGUAAAACCGGCUCCGCUAAUGUCCGCGGUGACCUUUACAUUUAGCUCCAUGUUCUGUUUGAUUCAUGCGAGUUACUGCGAUCCGCUGCUGCGGAAUGUUGUUAUUAAUGUAGCAGUUGUGCCAAGCUCAUAUAAGCGUUAUAUAAACAAUUUAUUUGGCAA